UAUUUACUGAAGUAGUGGGAAGCCAUGUUGCAUGGCAGAGAAUUGUGUUCCCAGUUGCGAAUGUAGAGUUGUGUGAAAAGUAGUUAUAAAGAGCUAGAUUUGGUUGAAGACGGUGCAGGGAAACAUUACAUGCUGGAGUCACUACAGCGGUAAUCAACAUGUCUCAGAUGUUACCUAUACGUUUUCAAGAGCACCUCCAGCUCACAAAUGUGGGUAUCAACCAAGCAAGUGUGAGCUUCAACACGCUCACAAUGGAGUCAGACAAAUUCAUCUGUGUGAGGGAGAAGGUGGGAGAGACAUCACAAGUGGUGAUAAUUGACAUGGCUGACCCAACUAAUCCAAUUCGACGGCCCAUCUCUGCAGAUUCAGCUAUAAUGAAUCCAGCCAGCAAAGUCAUUGCUCUCAAAGGCAAGGCAGGAGUUGAAGCCCAGAAAACAUUACAGAUAUUCAACAUUGAAAUGAAAAGCAAGAUGAAGGCUCACACGAUGACUGAAGAUGUCAUAUUUUGGAAGUGGAUUUCCCUGAACACUUUGGCCUUGGUUACAGAAACCUCAGUUUUCCAUUGGAGUAUGGAAGGUGAUUCAAUUCCACAGAAAAUGUUUGACCGUCAUUCUAGUCUUAAUGGCUGUCAAAUAAUCAACUACCGAACUGACCCCAAACAAACAUGGUUGCUUCUCAUUGGAAUAUCGGCACAGCAAAACCGUGUGGUUGGAGCAAUGCAGCUGUAUUCAGUCGAGAGGAAGUGCUCUCAACCCAUAGAAGGUCAUGCAGCAUCAUUUGCACAGUUUAAAAUGGAAGGAAAUGCAGAACCAUCUAUUCUUUUCUGUUUUGCAGUACGGACAGUCCAGGGUGGAAAGCUUCACAUCAUUGAAGUGGGACAGCCUCCUGCAGGGAAUCAACCAUUUCCAAAGAAGGCUGUUGAUGUCUUCUUCCCACCUGAGGCACAAAAUGAUUUCCCUGUAGCUAUGCAGGUGAGUGGCAAAUAUGAUGUGAUCUAUCUCAUCACAAAGUAUGGCUAUGUUCAUCUGUAUGAUGUAGAAUCUGCCACAUGCAUCUAUAUGAAUCGUAUUAGUGGAGACACUAUCUUCGUGACUGCCCCACAUGAGUCGUCUGGAGGAAUUAUUGGUGUCAACCGAAAGGGACAGGUUUUAUCAGUGAGUGUGGAGGAAGAUAACAUCAUCCCAUAUGUUAACAGUGUUCUUCAGAACCCUGAUCUGGCCCUUCGCAUGGCUGUGAGGAACAACUUGGCAGGUGCUGAAGAUUUAUUUGUGCGGAAAUUCAACCUGCUUUUCCAGAAUGGUCAAUAUGCUGAAGCAGCAAAGGUAGCAGCAAAUGCACCAAAAGGUAUUCUACGUACACCCCAGACAAUUCAAAGAUUCCAGCAGGUUCCAACACCUCAGGGACAAACAUCGCCACUACUACAGUAUUUUGGAAUAUUGUUGGACCAGGGUCAGCUGAAUAAGUAUGAAUCACUGGAACUGUGCCGGCCGGUUCUGCAGCAGGGUCGGAAACAGUUGCUUGAAAAAUGGCUCAAAGAAGACAAAUUAGAAUGUUCAGAGGAAUUGGGAGAUUUAGUAAAACAAGCUGAUCCAACCUUAGCACUGUCAGUCUAUCUUCGGGCCAACGUACCAAAUAAGGUGAUUCAAUGUUUUGCAGAGACAGGUCAGUUCCAGAAGAUUGUAUUAUAUGCUAAGAAAGUGGGAUACACACCAGACUACAUCUUCCUGCUUCGUAAUGUGAUGAGAGUGAAUCCUGACCAAGGUGUUGCGUUCGCCCAAAUGUUGGUUCAGGAUGACGAGCCUCUUGCUGAUAUUAAUCAGAUUGUAGACAUCUUUAUGGAACAGAACAUGGUCCAGCAGUGCACAGCAUUCUUACUGGAUGCUUUAAAAAAUAACCGUCCAUCAGAAGGUCCACUCCAGACGAGACUGCUUGAGAUGAAUCUGAUGUCAGCGCCACAGGUAGCAGAUGCUAUACUUGGAAAUCAGAUGUUCACUCAUUAUGAUCGUGCCCAUAUUGCUCAGCUUUGUGAGAAGGCAGGACUACUGCAAAGAGCUCUGGAACACUACACAGAUCUAUAUGACAUCAAGCGUGCUGUAGUACAUACCCACUUACUGAAUCCUGAAUGGCUGGUUGGUUAUUUUGGUACUCUCUCAGUGGAGGACUCCCUGGAGUGUCUGAAGGCUAUGCUGACAGCGAACAUCAGACAAAACCUUCAGAUAUGUGUUCAGAUUGCAACGAAGUACCAUGAGCAGCUGACAACAAAAGCCCUCAUUGACCUUUUUGAGUCAUUCAAGAGCUAUGAAGGCCUGUUUUAUUUCCUAGGCUCAAUUGUGAACUUUAGUCAAGAUCAAGAAGUUCAUUUCAAAUACAUUCAGGCAGCAUGCAAAACUGGACAAAUCAAAGAAGUGGAGAGGAUAUGCCGGGAAUCCAACUGCUACAAUCCAGAAAGAGUAAAAAAUUUCUUAAAGGAAGCAAAGCUUACAGACCAGCUUCCUCUCAUUAUAGUGUGUGACCGUUUUGACUUUGUACAUGACCUUGUGCUGUAUUUGUACCGCAACAGUUUGCAGAAGUACAUUGAAAUAUAUGUUCAGAAGGUGAACCCCUCACGCCUUCCAGUUGUUAUUGGUGGUCUUUUGGAUGUUGACUGCUCAGAGGACAUAAUUAAGAAUUUGAUAUUGGUAGUCAGAGGUCAGUUCUCAACUGAUGAAUUGGUAGAGGAAGUGGAGAAGAGAAACCGCUUAAAGCUACUACUCCCAUGGCUUGAAUCUAGAGUUCACGAGGGUUGUGUUGAACCUGCCACCCAUAAUGCACUUGCCAAAAUCUACAUUGAUAGUAACAACAAUCCUGAGAGAUUUCUCAAAGAAAACCAGUUUUAUGACAGUCGAGUAGUUGGCAAAUAUUGUGAAAAGCGAGAUCCACACUUAGCUUGUGUGGCAUAUGAAAGAGGACAGUGUGAUAGGGAACUCAUCAGUGUAUGCAAUGAGAAUUCCCUCUUCAAGUCAGAAGCAAGGUAUUUGGUGCGAAGGCGGAAUCCUGAACUUUGGACUGAAGUCCUGAAUGAAAGCAAUCCAUUCAAAAGACCUUUAAUAGACCAAGUGGUUCAGACUGCUCUCUCAGAAACCCAAGAUCCGGAAGAUAUUUCUGUAACAGUAAAAGCCUUCAUGACAGCCGACCUACCCAACGAACUCAUUGAACUUCUAGAGAAAAUUGUUCUUGACAACUCUGUGUUCAGUGAUCACAGAAACCUUCAGAAUCUACUGAUCUUGACUGCAAUAAAAGCAGAUAGAACACGUGUAAUGGAAUAUAUCAACAGGUUAGAUAAUUAUGAUGCUCCUGACAUUGCCAACAUUGCAAUAAACAAUCAGUUGUAUGAAGAAGCUUUCGCUAUAUUCAAGAAGUUCGACGUAAACACAUCUGCAAUUCAGGUUUUGAUUGAUAAUGUCAGCAACUUAGAUCGAGCAUAUGAAUUUGCUGAAAGAUGUAAUGAGCCUGCAGUGUGGAGCCAACUGGCAAAAGCUCAGUUGCAGCAGGGUCUAGUGAAGGAAGCAAUUGAUUCUUUCAUUAAAGCAGAUGACCCAUCAGCCUACAUAGAUGUUGUGGAAACUGCUCAUAAAACAGAAAGCUGGGAGGACUUGGUUAGAUAUCUUCAGAUGGCACGGAAGAAGGCACGAGAAUCAUAUAUUGAAUCUGAACUGAUUUAUGCCUAUGCAAGAACUAACCGUUUGGCUGACCUUGAAGAAUUCAUCUCUGGUCCUAAUCAUGCCGAUAUCCAAAAGAUCGGUGAUCGAUGCUUUGAUGAUGGAAUGUAUGAUGCAGCCAAGCUGUUAUAUAACAAUGUAUCAAAUUUUGCUCGUCUUGCUAUUACUCUUGUUCAUCUCAAGGAAUUUCAAGGAGCUGUGGAUGGUGCUAGGAAAGCAAACAGCACACGAACCUGGAAGGAGGUGUGCUUUGCCUGUGUAGAUAGUGAAGAGUUCCGCCUGGCCCAGAUGUGUGGCCUUCAUAUUGUAGUGCAUGCAGAUGAACUAGAAGACCUAAUUAAUUAUUAUCAGGAUCGAGGCUAUUUUGAAGAACUGAUAAACUUACUUGAGGCGGCACUGGGUUUGGAGAGAGCACAUAUGGGCAUGUUUACAGAACUGGCCAUUCUGUACUCUAAAUACAAACCUGCAAAAAUGAGAGAGCAUCUGGAACUUUUCUGGUCUCGAGUCAACAUUCCAAAGGUAUUGCGGGCGGCAGAACAGGCACACUUAUGGGCAGAGUUAGUGUUCCUUUAUGACAAAUAUGAAGAGUAUGACAAUGCUGUGAUAGCCAUGAUGAACCAUCCAAGCGAAGCAUGGAGAGAAGGACAUUUCAAGGACAUCAUCACAAAGGUUGCUAACAUUGAGCUCUACUAUAAGGCAAUCCAGUUUUACUUGGAUUAUAAACCAUUGCUUCUGAAUGAUGUAUUGCUGGUUUUGGCACCUCGCAUGGAUCACACAAGAGCCGUCAAUUUCUUUACAAAGGUAAAUCAUCUGCAGCUAGUGAAACCAUACCUUCGCUCUGUUCAGAGUUUGAACAAUAAAGCAAUUAAUGAGGCCCUCAACAAUUUGUUAAUUGAAGAAGAAGAUUACCAAGGGCUUCGUACAUCCAUCGAUGCAUUUGAUAACUUUGAUAAUAUUGCACUGGCUCAAAAGCUGGAGAAACAUGAACUAAUAGAAUUCAGACGCAUCGCUGCAUACCUUUAUAAGGGCAACAACCGUUGGAAGCAAUCAGUUGAACUCUGCAAGAAGGAUCGGUUGUUCAAGGAUGCAAUGGAGUAUGCAGCUGAAUCAAAGAAUGCAGAGGUCGCAGAGGAAUUGUUGGCAUGGUUUCUGGAAAAGGGGAGCCAUGAUUGUUUUGCUGCUUGUUUGUUUCAAUGCUAUGAUCUGUUGCAUCCUGAUGUUAUCCUGGAAUUGGCCUGGAGACAUAACAUCAUGGAUUUUGCCAUGCCGUAUCUUAUCCAGGUCACCAGAGAAUAUAUAAGUAAGGUCGAUAAGCUCGAAGAGUCUGAAUCCCAGAGACUAGAAGAAACUGCACAACAGGACCACAAGCCUAUGAUCAUGCCAGAGCCACAAUUAAUGCUAACUGCAGGUCCAGGAAUGAUUGGUCCUGGUUACACUCCAGGAUACCCAAAUGCAUACGCUCCAGGCAUACCCUAUCAAGGCUACAGUAUGUAGGUAAGCCUGAACUUCCAUUAUCUUCAGUACUGCCCUACAGUCCAAGAAGGAAGAAGAAAGUGAACUUCAGAAGAAAUGAUUUUGUAGUUUGAAGUGGAAACCUAUAUGGAAUUAAAAAUGUGUUGGCAAAAGGGACUGAUAUCCUUGCAUUGGGCUACUGUUUGUUAGAAAAGUGGUUUCAAAUACAGUGUGUGCAUGAAUGUGUGAGUGAGUGUAGUGGCUGUUGUACAGGAGCAGCAUGUCGUCUAGAGAGUACAGCAUUAAAAGUCCCAGCUGAUAUCAUUAUGAGUUUUGUUGCAGAUCCAUUUGUUUCAUUUCAGAUCACAUUGGGGUAAUACUGUUAUGUUGAAUAAUUUUGAUGUCCCUCUUUUCAUGUUGAUUGUAUUAUUUCUGUCGAAGUAAUGAAAUGAUGGAAGUCACUGUAGAUAGAUGAUGAAGAGAGUAGGACAAGUAUUCACGUAAUCGCUUAAGCAAAUAAAUAUGAAUGGAAUCUUGUUAAACUGACUAGGAUAGGUGAUUGAUGGGAAAUUACAAAGUAUGAUAUGCUAAUACAGAAUGUACUUCAAAGCAGUACAGCUCCCACCACUUUCAAGUAACAUAGUACAUAUAUAUAUAGUAUAUUUAUGAAUGCCAGGCAAUACCUAGAAUGACUGAUAAAAUACUGAACCAACUAAGUGACAAUACUUUGUCCUUGCAGCAGUUUCUUUACAUUUGUUUUUAGAGGUGAAAUUUGUUUCCAUUUCUUGUACAGUGAAUCAUUAUUGCAGCAUGAGUGGAAGCAAUCUUCAUGACUUGACAUCUUAAUUUCAUAAGUCCAGCCUGUUACUACUACUAUUUCUGUCCUUUUUGUUACUAGAAUGUUAAUUGUAAAUCCAUUCCAAAAUACAAAGAAACCCUUUGGAGAGAAAAUGGUAGAAUAUUUGAGGGAAUGAUAGUAUUGCAGCUCCAUUACAAUAUGGCAGUAAAAAUUAAGGAUUUGCAGUUAUAUCAUGUUAAUCUGGAAAGAACAUUUGCUUUCCAUUUUAUGACACUAUAAAAAUAAUAUAUGUAUGAUAAUUUAUUGUUACUCAAUUACAUUAACAAAAACAUUGGCCAAGCAUGAACUGAGAGUUGUUGCAAAUCCAGUCAGCAUUCAUUUUGUAUAUUUAUUUUUUUUAAGGCAGCAUCAUGCUGUCUACAGUAUGUUUACAUUUAUUAAGCUGUUAAUGACAAACACUAAUGAUGUAUUUACUACUGUGAAUACUCCUUGUAAAGAGAUGAAUAAAAUAAAAAUAGAAGUAACUUAACAGUAGAAUUGUGGCUUUAUGUGGUUCUAAGAAGAUAUAUUUAAAGAAAACUUGAAUCUCUUUAUGGAUAAAUUAACAGUUUCAAAAAGCUGUAGUUAAUUUCAUUUCAACUGUAAUUCAGUAGAAUCUUAUUGAAAAAAUCGAGUGUAUUGUGGUCAGAAAGUGAGUGUGUCAUUAAAAUAAUGUGUAAUUCUCA